AUGUCUAACAAAAUAGCUGUGCUUUGGGCAUGUGGAGUACUUCUAUUAGUUGUGAAAAUAUUCGUAAACUUUUCUCAGCCUAAUACAGCCGUGUGGCCGGAAGCUGCUCGUCCAAACACACACGGAUUUCAUAUUCAAAGGUUUCUAUCUGUUAUAGAGCAAAGAAAUGAAUUGUCAAAAGUUCUUAAUAUGAAACAACAAAAAAUAGGACGGAUGGAUUGUGAGAAAAUCAGGGACAAUGGCACAGCAACAAGUGAAACCGGCGGAUGGUGUGAGAAAGCCAGCAAAGAGGACAGUGGUAAUCACAUGACCGACAACAAUCUAGUGUCGGCAUUAAUUGAGCUGUUUACUGGAAAAUGUGUCGGUAGUUUUGGUGACGGUCCAGGGAGAUAUAAACAACUUCUCAUAGAAUCGGGAAAAGUAAAAGGAUACGAUGCCUAUGAUGGUGCGCCAUAUUGUGACAUCACAAGUGAAGGGCGCGUGCAAUUUCUUGAUUUGACCCUGCCGCAGUAUGGACUACCCGUUUAUGAUUGGGCAAUGAGUUUGGAAGUAGCCGAACACAUUCCUGAACAGUUUGAAAGUGUUUUCAUUAAAAAUGUCGUUCGCCAUGCCAGGGAGGGAGUUGUUUUGAGUUGA